AUGUACAAAGUGUAUCCGAUGUUCUUUUCAAGAGAUGGCAUUCUCAUGAGGGAUCUCACUGACAUCUUCAGUUUGUGUGGUGCUUGUGUGCCUCAUUCAUGUGGUACUUACGUAAUAAUGAUGCACACUCUCGAGAAAAAGACUCGUCACUCUUUGUCAAUGAAUUUAUCACCAUCGGACUCAUUAUCGUCCCCAACUUCAUCGUCUUGUACUGGCAAUGACUCAAAUGGUUCUUGUACGUCGAGAAGACCUCGUUUUCCGCCAGUAUCGACUCCAAUUUAUCCUUCAAAAGUAAAUCGUGUCAUUUUUAAUGCAAAGAAAAAACAUCGAUCAGAUAUUGAUCCAGAUGCUUGGAAUCGUGAGGGGUUUGCUGGUUCGAAUGUGUGCGAGUUAUUACUGGACGAAUCCAAUCGCAUUCGACGUGAACAUUGUAGCAAAUUAAGCUUAAAGCGCUUUAUUGAUGAAUAUGAACGUCCAGCUGAGCCUGUUGUAAUUGACGGUAUUCCAGAGGCUGAUGGAUGGGGUGCUCUAAAGCGUUGGUCGUUGAAGAAACUGCGCAAAUAUUACAAGAAUGUGGAGCUUAAAUGUGGCGAAGAUGACCAUGGAAAAUCGAUUCGCAUGAAGUUUAAGUACUUUAUGACGUACUUGAAUCAUCAGACGGACGAUAGCCCGCUUUACAUUUUUGACAGUACGUUUGAUGACCAUGAGGACACGAAGCCGCUGCUUGAUGACUACAAAGUGCCAAAGUAUUUUCCAGAAGACCUAUUUUCUUUGGUUGGUGAGAGCAGACGACCACCAUACCGCUGGUUCUUGGUUGGCCCCAAACGCUCAGGCACCACACUGCAUCUGGACCCGCUUGGCACCAGUGCGUGGAAUACACUCAUUGUAGGCCGCAAACGUUGGGUGCUCUUCCCACCGCAUGUACCCAAGCAUCUUGUGAAUGGGAAACGAUACGUCCGUGACGAUGAGGAUGACGAAGCCGUUAAUUAUUUUAUGGAUCUGUUGCCACGUCUAAAGCGGGCUUGUCCGCGUGAAACAUUGCAGUGUGUUGAAUUUAUGCAGUACCCCGGUGAGACUGUGUUCAUUCCGGGUGGGUGGUGGCACGCCGUGUUUAACGUGGACGAUACAGUGGCAAUUACACAGAAUUUCUGCAGCUCGCAGAAUUUUCCCACUGUGUGGCGCAAGACGCGUAGUGGUCGUAAACGUAUGGCAGUCAAAUGGCUCAAAAGACUGGAAACCUGUCAUCCAGAGCUCGUGACGAUGGCGAUGGAGCUUAAUCAGAAAGACAAGUAUGUCAUGUACAAUAAGGAACGCAGCAGUCGGAACUCUUCAUCGUCUAGUUCACGCAAAAGGAAGAAGAAAAGUAGUUGCUGUGUUGAUGAGCUAGAAGACCGGCUGAGAGAUUCACACCAUAAGAGCAAGAAGAAGAAAAAAAAUAUUGCUGACGUAAGCGUGUCAUGGAGACAAUAA